AUUUCAACUAGUAAGGAAAACAUUGAGCAAAAGGCGCACAGAACAUACAUAGGAAAAAACGUUUAGAAAACCCAUCAAAAACCCUCUUAUCUAUCUCUUCCUCUUCCGCUUCCUUUUUGUCGGCAACAAUGUCUUCCUUUGCUGCCUCCAACCACCUUAGCGCGGUGCUAUCCACCCGUCAGCGUCGUCCUCUUCGUCGGGAACAACCCAAUCGACCCUCUUCCAUCAAAUGCGACCUUUCUUCUUCCCAACAACCAGACUCCUCUCAAAACCCUUCACUCCUCAAAACCCUCUCAACCACCAUCGCCGUCUCCUCCGCAGCUGCCAUCCUCUUACACAGCACCCCUCUCACUCCCUUCCUUCUCAGCGGAGGAAGCAAUAACGGUGGCGGCGGAAGUGGCGGAGGAGGAGGAGGAGGGUGGGGGUGGUUCGGCGGCAAUGGAGGUGAUGGAAAUGGAGGGUUCUGGUCUAAACUUUUGACUCCUGCUUCAGCUAUUGCCGAUGAAUCUCCCUCUCAAGAGUGGGAUCCUCAUGGCUUACCAGCCAACAUCGUGGUUCAAUUGAACAAGCUGAGUGGAUUCAAAAAGUAUAAAGUUUCAGAGAUUCUGUUCUUCGAUCGGAGGAGAAGAACCAAGGUGGGUGCUGAAGAUUCCUUCAGCGAGAUGGUUUCUCUGCGUCCUGGUGGUAUAUACACAAAAGCACAGCUUCAGAAGGAGCUCGAGACUCUAGCUACUUCUGGAAUGUUCGAGAAGGUUGAUUUGGAAGGGAAAACCAGUGCUGAUGGAACAAUUGGUGUUACAAUUUCGUUCAGUGAGAGUACUUGGGAGCAAGCAGAAAAGUUCCGUUGCAUCAAUGUUGGUUUGAUGGCGCAAUCGAAGCCCAUUGAGAUGGACCCUGAUAUGACUGAUAAGGAGAGGAUGGAGUACUAUCUGAGCCAAGAGAGGGAUUACAAGAGAAGAAUGGAGAAUGCAAGGCCUUGCCUUUUGCCAAAUUCUGUGCACAUGGAGAUUAUGCAGAUGCUGAAUAAACAAGGGACCGUGAGUGCUAGGUUGUUGCAGAGGAUAAGGGACCGUGUCCAGAAAUGGUACCAUGAUGAAGGCUAUGCAUGUGCACAGGUGGUUAAUUUUGGGAAUCUCAACACCAGUGAGGUUGUCUGUGAGGUUGUUGAAGGGGAUAUCACCCAAUUGGCCAUUCAAUUCCAGGAUAAGCUUGGCAAUGUUGUUGAAGGUAACACUCAAGUCCCAGUGGUACAAAGAGAGCUUCCCAGACAGCUACGCCCAGGUUAUACUUUUAACAUUGAAGCGGGGAAGCAAGCUUUGAGAAACAUAAAUUCCCUUGCUUUGUUUUCGAAUAUUGAGGUGAAUCCAAGGCCUGAUGAGAAUAAUGAGGGAGGCAUAAUUGUUGAAAUUAAGCUAAAAGAGUUAGAACAGAAGACAGCUGAAGUCAGUACUGAGUGGAGUAUUGUCCCUGGAAGAGGAGGGCAUCCCACAUUGGCUUCACUUCAGCCAGGUGGAACUGUUACUUUUGAACAUCGGAAUCUGCAAGGACUGAAUAGAUCUAUUACUGGUUCUGUAACAACUAGCAACUUCUUAAAUCCUCAGGAUGACCUUGCAUUUAAGCUAGAGUAUGUGCAUCCAUAUUUGGAUGGUGUGUAUUAUUCACGCAACCGUACUCUCCGUGUCAACUGCUUCAAUAGCCGAAAGCUGAGUCCAGUAUUCACUGGGGGGCCAGGGGUGGAUGAAGUGCCCCCAAUAUGGGUUGAUCGUGCUGGCGUUAAAGCUAAUAUCACAGAGAAUUUCACACGUCAGAGUAAAUUCACUUAUGGACUUGUAAUGGAAGAGAUAACAACACGUGAUGAAAGUAGUCAUAUCUGUGCAAAUGGUCAAAGAGUAUUACCUAGUGGAGGAAUCAGUGCAGAUGGACCUCCAACCACCCUCAGUGGUACUGGCAUUGAUCGCAUGGCAUUUUUACAGGCAAAUAUCACACGUGAUAAUACACGUUUUGUGAAUGGAGCUGUAGUUGGAGACAGAAAUAUGUUCCAGGUAGAUCAAGGCCUUGGCAUUGGCAGCCAAUUCCCAUUCUUUAAUCGUCACCAGCUAACUGUGACACGAUUUGUCCAGUUGAUGUCCGUGGAGGAAGGGGCAGGUAAACCACCACCACCGGUGCUUGUCCUCCACGGUCACUAUGGUGGCUGUGUAGGCGAUCUUCCAAGUUAUGAUGCUUUUACUCUUGGGGGGCCCUAUUCCGUAAGGGGUUACAACAUGGGUGAGAUUGGAGCAGCCAGAAACAUCCUGGAGCUUGCAGCUGAGUUACGGGUACCUAUUAAAGGCACACAUGUGUAUGCAUUUGCAGAACACGGCAAUGAUCUAGGGAGUUCAAAGAGUGUCAAAGGGAAUCCUACAGAGGUCUAUAGGCGAAUGGGUCAGGGGUCCUCUUAUGGUCUUGGUCUUAAGCUUGGUUUAGUCAGAGCAGAAUAUGCCGUUGAUCAUAACUCAGGAACUGGUGCAUUAUUUUUCCGUUUCGGAGAGAGGUUUUGAGGUGCAAAUCAGUCAGAGUUUAUUGCUUAUUAGGUUUUGUUCUCUUGGUUUUCAGAAGAAAUCUUGCAGCCAACAGUUGAGCAGGCGCAUUUUAUACGACCUAAAAAACUACAUGUUUUGGUUAAGCGGACGCCAUGCUGGUGGUACUAGACUAGUAGACUUUGUUUCUUUCUCAGUUAUCCGCAAAAUUGGUAGAGUUCUGUGAAAAUAUUAAAAUGGCAGACUAGACUAUCUUGAUAUAUCUGUUGUUAAAUGCAUUUAAUUUACUUCGCGGCUAGUGAUCAUUGCAGAGUCCGUAAGAACAAUUGGAAC